GCGCAUUGCUGGGUGAACGCACAAAGAGCUCUGCUCAGCACUCCUUGUAGAUACCCAUCGCAGGACAAAGGCAAAGCUCGAAACGCUUCUGGCAGCAUUUUCAAAGGAUAAAAAGGAAUUCUCACAAAAACCCAGGAAAGAUGCAUGCCAGAUUUGCGGAUCCCGAGCCAGCGUCUCCGGACAGCGUUGAUGGAAUCGAAACGGAGUCACUGGAGGCGCGGAUUGAGGCCUUCAAGCAAAAUCCCCAGAACAUGGCCGCGUUGCGGGAGGCGCUCGACGAUGUGCUCCUGCGGGCUGAGACGGAGGCGAACAGGCGGGCAGUUGAGAGCCAGAAAUCGCAACAGGGCAAGGAAAAACGACCGAGUAAGUAUACGCAGUGUGGUUCAGUACAUUUCACUUCUUAGCUAUUUGGAUAGUGUAUUGCUUUUCCCUUUCGAGCACUUCAGCGCAAACCCUUGCCAAGUGCUGGCCGCUGAAUAGACACUUGUGCACAAAUCCUUUUCUUAGUCUUGCUUAAGUAUUUUUGUAUCGAUGACUUUCGUGGCAAUGAACUCGCUUGACACCUAAGAGUGCCUAGGCUAAAAGUUGGUGGAUGAGGUCUAAAUCUCAAAUAUUGCAAAUAUUUAGGAAAGUAUAAUCUUCGUGCUGAAAUUAAGAGAACUGUCGCGUAAUGUUGUAACUUGUUUGAUAAAAGUGGGCUGACCUAACUAACUGAUGACAGGGCGACCGUUGUGGGCCUCCUCCACGGUUGUUAACAGAUGGCAAUUAAAACUGAGGAAAGCAUAUAAUUUAGAAUAUAUAAACGCAUUCGCACGCCAUUUUCACCCAUUUUCCAAAAAACCCAGCCAGCUCGAUUGCAUGACCAUAUUUUGUUGCACUUAACUUGUAUUUUGCGUAUCACUGAUCUUUAUUUCCGUAUUUUUGUACUCUCUGCGCCUCGCAUGCACUAACCUCUCAGGUUUCGCCAUACCAGAUUUUAAGAACGGCAAGGUGGUGAAUCGCGCUCGAGGAUUCGUGGUGCGGAUCUUCGAUGCCAUAUGCAAUUGCGCCAACAACAAUGCGGCGGCGGCCACGACGCGUUUCAAGCUGAGAAGCAACAGCGGCGGAGGGGGAGGCGGCGGAGGUGGUGGUGGCGGAGCCAGCGGAAAUGGCAAGCGUCAGCAGUCGCAGAAUGAGCCGGAAACCCUAGUCCUGACCAAGAAGAAGCCCGCCGGCGAAGGCAAGAAAAAGAAGGGAGUCAGCAUGGCCGAUGACGUUCAAGCCGGCGUUCGACUGAUGGACUAAGCUAGCUAUAAUGGACAAUGGUUGUCCAUGCAAUGGGAAAACAUAAUCAAAAUUACCACCAACCCCUUCCUGAACAAUGAACUCUUACUCAGCAAUCGUCUACUGUCAUCUUACCACCUUAAUGGAUCCUGUCCAGAAGCAUUUUCUUCGCUCAAACGUCUUAGGCACAAACCAAAUUCUACGUCUUCCCCUUGAAGACCACCAAGUUUAUGGUGUAAGCCCUGCAAAGGAAUCUUAAAAUCGCAUAGAACAGGGCUGAUGGAAAAGCUUUAGCUCUCUACUAUAUUGUUUGAUAUACCCAAAUGUGAUCCCAGAUCGUAAUGUUAACGAAAACUCAACUCGAAGCACAAGCAACUCUUCUAGGCUAGUUAUGAAAGGAGAAAACCCCUAUAUACGACAUUUGUAUACACUCUCCAGCUCUCAGACAUUAUUUGGUCCCCACGCACAACACAAUCAACGGCAUUACACAAUCCCAGUGGAAUCGACGAGGGUUUGCCCCGAAUCUCCACCUAAUUAUAACUACGAUAUAUCAAAUUAUAUACCUAACUAUAUGUGUAUGUGUAUGACUAUAGUUGUCUACGGAACCACCAACCUAUUUAGAUGUGUGUGUGUAGCAGUUAAAAGUAUUUCCAAACCAAACCAAAGCAGCUAACAACAAACGGUUCAAUAUACAAGCAUUAAUGUGUACUGAUUUUAUAUACAAUGUACUAACUACUAUAUAUACGUGUGAAUGUCAUUAGACUCUUAGUUGUUUACACAGGUUUCCUCGAACAUCCUCAUCAAAUUCAUCAACUAAUCCGCACACACGCUCUAAUCGGAUAUAUUUUUGUGAGACCCUUUUUGGAGAGAUCUACAUACAUAUAUAAAGACACUACUCCUAUACCGAAACCGAAAUUUAAGAUAUCGAUUACUCUCGAUUACAGAGAACUUUGUACGCAGAUUUGCAAGGCAACCAUUUUGUAUAAGAUUUGCAUUUAUUUUGUAACCUCUUGAAUGCAAAGAUCUCCCUAAGUUUGAAUGCAUUGCUAAGCCAAUUGGAUGUUUAUCGAUUACAAAAUGUAUAAGUAUGCGUUAUGCAAACAUAAAACCGUUGUAUUUAGUUAAUAAUAUCAGCAAUAAACUAUAACAUGUUUGAAAUC